UAAGACCAGUCCAUCGUCAACUAGACACCCCGUCUUAAAUUCUUUCUUAUCUAAGAACGCCGGCCUAACUCCGCCGCCGCCGCCGUGCCCCGGUUCCAGAUCCAACGUCCCCUAUGGAUUCAUCAAACGGCUCUGCUCGCGAGCCCCUGAUAGGAAGCCACGGAGAAGCUUCAUCUCUCCACGCGGAGGCCGGAACCAGCAAUGAGCUAGAGAGUAUCCUGCUCGAUGCAGAAAUCCCACGGUGGCAGCGUCUCAAGCUCGCCACCUGGGUCGAGCUGAAGCUCCUCUUCUACAUCGCCGCUCCGGCCGUCGUCGUCUACAUGAUCAACUACCUAAUGUCCAUGUCCACCCAAAUCUUCUCCGGCCACCUUGGCAAUCUCGAGCUCGCCGCCGCUUCCCUCGGCAAUACCGGCAUUCAGAUCUUCGCUUACGGUCUCAUGCUGGGAAUGGGGAGUGCAGUGGAGACUCUGUGCGGUCAAGCGUUCGGAGGAGGGAGAUACGAAAUGCUCGGAAUCUAUCUCCAAAGAUCGACAAUACUCCUGACAAUAACCGGACUCCUUCUCUCCCUAGUGUACAUAUUCUCGGAGCCGAUCCUGGUCUUCCUCGGACAGGCGCCGGACAUAGCCUCGGCGGCGGCGGUGUUCGUGUACGGACUAAUCCCGCAAAUCUUCGCCUACGCGGUCAACUUCCCCAUCCAGAAAUUUCUACAGGCCCAGAGCAUCGUGGCGCCGAGCGCCUACAUAUCCGCCGCCACGCUGGUGGUCCACGUCGUCGUGAGCUGGCUGUUGGUGUACAAGGCCGGCCUGGGCCUGUUGGGCGCGUCCCUGGUGCUGAGCUUGUCGUGGUGGGUGAUCGUGGCGGCGCAGUUUGUGUAUAUAGUGAAGAGUGAGAGGUGCCGGAAGACAUGGACGGGGUUCUCCGUCCAGGCCUUCUCCAGCCUCUGGGGUUUCUUUAAAUUGUCUGCAGCUUCUGCUGUUAUGCUAUGUUUGGAGACCUGGUACUUCCAGAUUCUUGUUUUGCUGGCGGGUCUUCUUGAAAACCCGGAAUUGGCCUUGGAUGCACUCUCUAUUUGUACAACUAUCUCAGGAUGGGUAUUUAUGAUAUCGAUUGGAUUCAAUGCUGCGAUAAGUGUGAGGGUGAGCAAUGAACUGGGAGCAGGGCAUCCAAAAUCCGCUGCAUUUUCAGUGGUGGUUGUCAACGUUGUCUCCUUGAUCAUCUCAUUGAUUGCGGCCGUCGUCAUCCUUUUGCUGCGUGAUGAAAUCAGCUAUGUCUUCACCGGAGGGGAAGCCGUGGCCUAUGCUGUUUCUGACCUCUGCCCGUUGCUUGCGCUCACUCUUGUCCUCAAUGGGAUCCAGCCUGUGUUAUCCGGUGUGGCGGUUGGGUGCGGAUGGCAAACGUUCGUGGCCUACGUCAACGUGGGAUGCUAUUACGUAGUUGGAGUUCCUUUGGGAUCAGUCAUGGGAUUUUAUUUCAAACUAGGAGCAAAGGGUAUAUGGUGUGGAAUGAUUGGGGGGACAGUGAUGCAGACUAUCAUUUUAGCUUGGGUAACUUUCCGUACUGACUGGGCCAAAGAGGUUGAAGUAGCCAAGAAAAGAUUGAAUCAAUGGGGCGCAGGGAAAGAGCCUCCUCUUUUGAAGAACUGAAAGGGGCGCCCGUGUACCUAUACUAUACAUCCGGAUGUAUGAUGUUUCGCGUACAUCCGCUUGAAUACUCAUUUUCGAAUAACUGAAUACUCAUUUACGAUUAUAAUUGAAUUUUAGAAAAAUAAGUAUUCAACUACUCCAAAAUGAGUAUUCCAUUUUUCGAAAAAUGAAUAUUUAGUUGCUCGUAAAUGAGUACUCAGGACGGAUGUACGGGAAAUAUCGUACUACCGGUUUUACGGUAUAUAUAGCUUCGUAUGCCACUGUAUUAUUAUUCCAUCUUCGUCGAAAAAAGCCAGUUGAAAUUUGUCACUAAUAGGUGCCCAUUUUUCAUCCCUAUCCUUCGAAUUGUCAAAGGUUAGGGGUUAAAUCAGCCAAGGGAUUGGGACCAGCAAACGUGUCAAGGGAUGUGCAAUAUUUUUACUUUGUGUAUUGUUUUUUUUUUUUUGGAAGGAUUACUUUGUGUAUUGUUGUUCUUAGUUUAUUUGAAAAUAAAUUCACGUUGUUGGU